AUUCUUUUUGCAUUCUUCCGUGUUUUUCCCCAUGGCUUCUGUGGUCAAUGAUUCUCCUUCUUAUCUCUAAUUUAUUUCCUCCUGAAUUUAAAUUCUCUUCUCUAUCUCCCCAAAAUUUAGAAAAAAAAAAAAAAUCCAAACCCAAACCGUCUUUUUGUUUAAGAAAAUUACCUUUUUUUUUUUUUCUCUCGCAAUUACCAACUUAAUACUUUUGGUCUGUUCCGUUUUCAUGAUUCUCUUCGCCUGGAAGGAUUAAUGCUAACGUGCGCGAAUUUGGUCGAUUGAAAUUCAAAUUUUUUUAGGUGCCUAGAAUUUGUUUUUGGGGGAAAUUCACUUUUAACAGAGUCCGUACAUGUGGAAGGUGUAGAUGACGAUGGUGGUGGGACCUAUGAGAAGGUGGGGAACGUGGGAGGAGCUUAUACUGGGAGGUGCCGUCCUCCGCCACGGCACACAAGACUGGAACGUCGUCGCUUUGGAGCUUCGUGCCCGUACCCUUUAUCCCUACAGCUUCACCCCCGAGGUCUGUAAAGCCAAGUAUGAGGACUUGCAAAAGCGUUAUUCUGGCUGCAAGGCUUGGUUUGAAGAGCUAAGAAAUCGCCGAGUGGAGGAGCUGAAGAGAGAAUUAACUAGAGCUGAAGACUCAAUAGGGUCUCUUGAGUCCAAAAUCAAAACUCUGGAGGCAGAGAAACAACAUUCAAAUCAGGCUGAUUAUGGUUCCGGCCAGUCUGAAUCUCCUCUACUAAAUUCAGACAGCAUCGAAUCUUUUGGCAAAGAGACUUCGAAGGAUGAACACUCUGCUGGCAGCUUUACGAAAGAUACCUGGACAAGGGCGAGUUGGUUAUAUGAACGUCCACACCCAGGGACAGUUUUAGCUGUGGAAACGGACAUGAAGCCCAAUGUUUCAUUUUCCUCUGAGCAGGAUAAAGAUCUAAGCAUUCAAACAGGGCAAGGAGUAACUAUCAGGAAGAGAAGAGGCCAGAGAAAGAGGAAGGACUGUAAUAGGGAUGCCAAAGAAGGGAGUGUCGCCGAGAGUGACAACUUGGGUUCGUCCAAUUUAGUCGUCACUACAUGGAAGGAUGCGUCUACCAGUGAUUGUCAUUGGAUUACAACAGAAUCCAGUAAAGUUAAUCAUAAUGGAGAUUCCUAUACUUCAAGGAGAAAUGAUUUGAUGGAAAUUUUCGAUUCAGUUGCCUUGAGCGAACUGGCCAUGGUCUUUAGACAUCGGAUGGACAGUCAGAAACGAGCAAGAUAUAGGAAAUUAAUCAGACGCCAUGUAGAUAUCAGUACGAUAAGAUCAAGCAUCAUUGGACAUUCCAUAAGAUCUGCAAAAGAACUCUUCAGGGAAUUGCUUUUGCUUGUAAACAAUGCCCUGGUGUUCUACUCGAAAAGAACACGAGAGUACAAAUCAGCAGCAUGUCUCAGAGAUCUGGUCAUGAAAAAAUACCGGCAGCAUUUCAGAAGCUCCCCCAACAAAGCUACAUCUGCCCUGCUUCCUAUGCAACCAAUGUGUAAUCCUCCUGUAAAGCCUCGAAGUGCACGUCCACGCCCUUGUCCUCGUCCAUGCACAGAUAAAAUCACCGGGAAGUUGCUUGGUGCUGAUAAUCUUGUUCCUGUAACUCCCGAGGAACAAAAAACACCAUGUAAUUCGGAGUUGAAUAUGUCGUUGCAGUCCUUGUUAAAGGCUAGGAAAGACAUCAAAUUGCCUGGUAAGCUUGAAGUUGGGUGGUUGUAUAAUUCAUGGCCUAAGUCUCAUGUAAAAGAAAGAAAACGAAUCCGACAAAAGUGAUAACCACAAUUUGUAUGAAAUUUGUACAUGCAAAAUCACUCUCUUAUUUGUGCAAAAUGUCUCCUCCUAA